AUGCCGACAGCUCCUCUGAUAUCAAGAGAGGUAGCACAGGGGAACGUGCGCGUACCUCAGCGGGCCAUUUUGCGUGCGCCCAUGGCGCGUCGAACUCGCUCGGCCAUGCUGAGCUGGACAUCUGCGUGUUUCCUAGCUUUGUUUGCUGCAACUGCUUUCGUGACUGGAGGCUGGAAGCUUCAAGCCAAAAGAUGCCCAUCCAGAUUGGCUGCUGGGGCAUCUGCCAGUCCAGCAGUUAAGCUUUACCAGUUCGAGAGUUGCCCGUUCUGCAGCAAGGUCCGUGCCUACUGCGACUACAACGGUGUCAAGCUCAACAAGAUCGAGGUCAACCCCGUGACGAAGGCCCAGAUCGAUGGCGUGGCGGGCGACUACAAAAAAGUGCCCAUUGCCGACAUCGACGGCGAGAUUGUGACCGGCUCGGCGGACAUCAUCCGCAAGAUCGGCUCGGCCAUCGGCAACAGCGAGAGCGAAGCCGACGCGGAGUGGGGGCAGUGGGUAGACUCGACGCUUGUGAAGACCUUGCCCCCCAACAUCUAUCGCACCCCCGAGGAGUCCUUGCAGAUUGCCGGCAAGGUGGGCGACAAUUUUGAUUUUGUCUCGGGCACUGUUGCCAAGUAUUUCGGCGGGGCUGCCAUGUUCUUCGUGGCCAAGAGCUUGGCCAAGAAGGCUGGCAUCAGCAAAGGCAAGGAAAGGGAAGCCCUGUACGACGCAUGUGCGAAGUGGGAAGGCGCCUUAGGUGAGAAGCCUUACUUGUCCGGGGACAAACCGGGAAUGGCUGACCUAGAAGUGUUUGGUGUUCUUUCAAGUGUAGAAGGCACAGAUACGCAUAGAGACAUGCUGGCAAACACAGGCAUUUCAUCGUGGUACGGCCGCAUGAAGAAAGCCUGCGGCCGAGACUAG